AUGGCGGACGCACAGCAGUCCAACAAGGCGCAUCGCAAGGCCAAGACCGGCGGCAAGGCCGAAAAGGGCAAGGCGAAGCACACAAAUGGCUUCAACCCCAAGGCUUUCAUCUCGGCCAACAUCAAUGUGGCUCAGAAGCAGAUCCUGCGCAAUGCCGAGAAAGAUCAGAAGCGUUUCCAUGUGCCUCUUGCGGAUAGGACACCGGAGGACGAGCCGCCUCCCAUCAUUGUUGCGGUUGUAGGCCCGGAGGGGGUAGGCAAGACGACGCUCAUGCGCUCCCUCAUUCGGAGGUAUACCAAGCAUACGCUCGCCGAGAUCAAGGGCCCGGUCACGGUGGUCACGGGCAAGAAGAGGAGAGUCACAUUCAUCGAAUGCAACAACGAUAUCAACAGCAUGAUUGACAUUGGCAAGGUGGCGGACUUGGUGUUGUUGAUGAUCGAUGGAUCGUUCGGGUUCGAGAUGGAGACCAUGGAGUUUCUCAACGUCUUGCAAUCGCACGGUUUCCCUAAGGUCAUCGGCGUGCUUACGCACUUGGACCUCAUCAAGAAGGCCAAGACGCUCAAAGCGACCAAGAAGCGCUUGAAGCAACGUUUCUGGACCGAAAUCUACGACGGCGCCAAGCUCUUCUACCUUUCCGGCAUCAUCAAUGGUCGAUACCCCGACACGGAGAUCCAGAACCUCUCGCGGUUUAUCGGCGUGAUGAAGUUCCGACCGCUCAUCUUCCGCAAUGCCCACCCCUACGUCCUCGCCGACCGCAUGGAGGAUCUGACACCGAGAGAAGACAUCCGCGCCAACCCCAAGGCCGAUCGCACCAUCACCGUCUACGGCUUCCUGCGCGGCACCCACCUUCGACCCUCACAACGAGUCCACAUCCCCGGCGCAGGCGAUCUGUCCAUCACAUCGAUAGAGAAGCUCAACGACCCCUGCCCGCUGCCCACGCAGGACAGCGAGAAGCGCAGAAAGCUCUCCGACAAGGCCAAGCUCAUCCACGCUCCCAUGAGCGACGUCGGCGGUGUCAUGUUCGACAAGGAUGCCGUGUACAUCAACGUGCCCGGCAACUUCACGCGCAACGGCGAGAACGGCGAACCGGCAGGCGAGGGCGAAAAGAUGGUCAUGGAUCUGCAAGAUGCGCAUACCACGCUGGACAACCUCGCAGCCCAGAGCGAACUCCGGCUGUUCGACUCGGAUUCGACAGGUUUGCGCGACGUAUCGUCGGACAAGCAGGAGGAUGCUAGCGACGCGUUUGAGUAUGCUUCCCCUGCCAAGGGCAAGCGUGUGCGAAGAGCUGCAUUCGACGACGUGCUUCUCGACGACGACAUCGAUGACAAUGACGACAUCGAUGGUGAAGACGGCGACAGCGACGGAGGCUUCGACAGCGACGCUAUUGACGAUGACGAAGACGGAUACAAGCGUCGUGCAUUCUCCCGCAAAGCCGUCGAGGCGGACGAGGCGAAUGGUGCGGCAUCGAAAGAUAUUCCCUUUGCAGACAGCGAUUCUGACAUGGGUCUCGAGUCCGGCGAUGAAGACAUUGACGACGACGAGGAAGAUGAAGAGGAGCUGGGCAGCGAGGCCCCAGACUCGGAAGAGGACGAAGUGGCACCCUGGAAACGCGACCUAGCCGCUCGCGCCGAAGCCACCGUUCGCGCCAACAGAAACCGCAGACCCGUCGACCUCGCUCGUCUCAUCUACAGCUCGGACAAGACGCCCGAGCAGAUUGCCUCCGGCGACGUCCACAACAAGGACGCCGACGAGGACGAGGAUGACAUCCGCAAGAUGGCCGAGCAAGAUGACGGAGACGACUUCUUCCGACCCGCGGACGGCAAGCCUGCGACCUCCAAGACCGGCGAGCACGAGGAGGAGUACCAAGACGUGCCGGACCAGUCGCGUUCUCUCGCCAAGGCAGCAGAUUUGAGUUACUGGGCAGAAGAGCGGGUCCUCGACUCGAUCCGACGCUUCUUCAUCACCGGCGACGAGCCUGACAACCUGGAAGAGCGCAAGGAUGGCAAGCGCGGUGAGCCUGUCGACGAUGCAGAGAAGGACGAUGAUGAAGAGGCCGACGAUCAGCCCGCCGAUGGGGGCGAGGAUGACGCCGACGAGGAUGCACGCGCCAAAGCCCUCGCCGCCAAGAAGGAGGCGCUCAAACGCCGAUUCGACGAGCAGUACGACGACCCAGACGCUGACACCAAGCAGGACUGGUAUGACGAGCAGAAGGAUGCCUUGGCCGCGCAGGCGGCGCUCAACAAGGCCGAGUUCGACUCGGUCGACGAAGAGGUCCGCCACCAAGUCGUCGGCUACCAGCCUGGUGCCUAUGUCCGAAUCGAGCUGAGCAAGGUAGCUUACGAACUGGUCGAGAACUUCGACCCCAACUUUCCACUCCUCGUCGGCGGUCUGCUCGCCAGCGAAGAGUCGUUCGGCUUCAUCCAGGUCCGCAUCAAGCGUCACCGAUGGCACCAGAAGAUCCUCAAGACCAACGACCCGCUCAUCUUCUCGCUCGGGUGGCGUCGAUUCCAAUCCAUCCCCAUCUACUCGCUCGACGACGGCACGCGCAAUCGCAUGCUCAAGUACACGCCGGAGCACAUGCACUGUCUGGCGUCGUUCUAUGGUCCCGUCUCGGCACCCAACACAGGUUUCUGCGCCUUCAACACGCUUUCGACUGCGACGCCCUCGUUCCGCGUCUCGGCGACCGGCGUGGUGCUCGACGUCGACUCGGGCUCGCAAAAGAUUGUCAAGAAGCUCAAGCUCACCGGUACGCCGAGCAAGAUCUAUAAGAACACGGCCUUCAUCAAGGACAUGUUCUCGUCCGCGCUCGAGGUGGCCAAGUUCGAAGGUGCGCACAUCAAGACGGUGUCGGGCAUUCGUGGGCAGGUCAAGAAGGCGCUGGCGAAGCCGGAAGGGCACUUCCGAGCCACGUUCGAGGACAAGAUUCUGAUGAGCGACAUUGUGUUCCUGCGAGCGUGGUACUCGAUUCAGCCGCGCAAGUUCUACAACCCGGUCACGUCGCUGCUGCUCUCGUCCGGAGAGGCAAGGACGUGGCAGGGAAUGCGACUGACAGGUGCGGUGCGCAAAGAACGUCAGCUCAAAGCGCCGAAACACAUCAACUCGAGCUACCGCAGCAUCGAGCGAACUGAGCGCAAGUUCAACCCGCUCCGCGUCCCCCGUGCGCUGCAAGCCGAGCUGCCGUUCAAGUCGAAACCCAAACAGAUGCAGGCGGCCAAGUCGACGUCGUACCUCGCCAAGCGCGCCGUAGUGCUCGAGGGCGAGGAGAAGAAGGCGCUCGCGCUGCUCCAGCAGAUGAAGACGGUGCAGCGCGAAAAGGACGAGAAGCGCAAGGCCAAGAACAACGAGAAGAAGGGCGAGAAGCUCAAGUUGGCGAUGAAGGACGAGGAGCAUCGCGCGCAGAAGAGGAAGGCCGAGAUGAAGGAGAUCUACCGCAUUCAGGGCAUGAAGGCGCAGACGGCGGCCAAGAGGCAGAAGACGGGCAGGUGA